AUGUUUUCCACAGGAACCCUCCUUCUGGCUGCUCUGAUUUCACCUGCACUGGCUGGACCAUGGGCUGUUAUCUGUGCUGGCAAGUCUUCCAAUGAGAUCCGGACAUGUGAUGGUCAUGGCUGUGGCCAGUACACGGCUCAGAGAAAUCAGAAGCUUCACCAGGGUGUAGAUGUCCUGUGCUCAGAUGGCUCUACUGUUUAUGCACCUUUCACCGGAAAGAUCAUGGGCCAGGAAAAACCUUAUAAAAACAAAAAUGCCAUCAAUAAUGGUGUUCGGAUCUCUGGAAGAGGUUUCUGCAUUAAAAUGUUCUACAUCAAGCCAAUUAAAUAUAAAGGUUCUAUCAAGAAGGGAGAAAAACUGGGCACUCUGCUGCCCUUGCAAAAAGUUUACCCUGGAAUACAGUCCCACAUACAUAUUGAAAACUGUGACUUGAGUGAUCCUACUGUGUACCUAUAG